AUGGAAGCCCCUACAUCUCCCACUGCCAAGCUCAUCAAGGAUCUGCUAGGCGAGAACCCCAUCUCCGAGGAGGACCUCACAACCUUGAUAACACAUCUUGAGACAGCCGCACUUACCACAGUAGACUAUCUGGCAAGAGCACCUUCGACUCUCAUCGACGUUGUCAUUAACAAGUAUCCCAACGAAACUGCCAAAGCUUUGGCUAGGUUGAGACUUAAUGUCAUUAUCGAGGAGGCUCAGGCGAGGAAAGCUCUGAAGCGCAAGCGCGCAGAGUUUGAGGUUGAAUCAUUCGAUUUAACUAAAGGGCUCAUCAAUCUGGUCUCACAUGUUGGUCCUAUCGGGAGGAAAGCUCCACCUGACAUGAUACCUCAGACCAGGUUCCUCACAAAGCUACAGAAGGAUCCUUAUAUGUAUGUCCGCAUGAGCGAGCUGCACUCGGCCUUGGAUCUUGAUGACCCGACCAUUACCACCAAAGAAAAUCUGGAAACUGGUAAGCCGGUCCAUGUACGUCUUGCUCCUUCUCGUCCAGUAGUCUCUCUCGGUCAUUGGAUUACCUGUUUUAUGAGAUAUGGUGUGGCACUCAUGAUGAUUCUCUCUUCUAGAGAAGAAGUAUCACCUCUCGCAAUUCUAUCGUACGUGUCGCUUGCGGUGAAAUUGUCCGAAACGAAAGGUUUUUCUAUUGCAGCAACAUUUGAUCAGCAGUAUAGGGCUAGAGCAGCUGGUUAUAGAGCCCGAGGAUGGAACUGGGCAUCAAUCCUCGCUGAUCCUGGAACUGUUGAUUCCGCCCUUCUUGUAAGUGCAAGAGUGGGGGCUCUCAAGGAGGAGUCCUCAACUAAACACCAACGUGAUUUGAAAACCGUUGUAUGCAAGUAUUUUCGGCAAGGCCGAUGUUUGCAAGGAGACAAGUGUCGAUUCAAACAUUCUGUUGAAGAGAGCAAGCCCAAUGCCCCGAAGUCCUACUUUGAUGAGUCAGUCGAGAAAGCCUUUCGCAAGAACAGAGACCCCCCGAGCCCCAAAAGGAGCCGUAAAGCACCAUUGCCAGAAGUCGGCAAGUAA